CGAGCUUCCUGGAAGGUGGAAGAAACCCAAGCGGCGAAAGCGAAACGAAUCCCCUUCCCUUUCCUUCGCUUCCCCUACCCCCGCGCGUUCUAAUUUGGACCAGACGGCUCCAGAAGCUUCCGCCAUUAAACUAACCUAACCGCGUCGCUUUAUUUAUCGAGCCAACCCCAACCCCAACCCCCGCUCGUCUUCGCCCAGAUCCACGCGUUUUGGAGGAGUAGCUGCGUGUAUUGACCACUCACUCUCCGAGGCAUUUUCUCUCCUCUUCUUCCUCGUCCUCCCUGCGAAUUCGCGACCUCCAUCAAAUUCCAAUCCCAUCUGCACGGAGAAUCGACUAAUGGCGGAGGAGGGGUACAAGGUGACGCUGAACGUGUACGACCUCAGCAACGGCCUCGCGCGGCAGCUGUCCACCUCCUUCCUCGGCAAGCCCAUCGAGGCCAUCUGGCACACGGGCGUGGUGGUGUACGGGAACGAGUACUACUUCGGCGGCGGGAUCCAGUCGUCGCCCGCCGGGACGACGCCGUACGGGCGGCCGCUGCGGACGGUGGAGCUGGGCGUCACGCACAUCCCGCGCGAGGUGUUCGAGGACUACCUCCGUGACAUCGCGCCCCGGUACACUGCCGAGACGUACCGCCUCCUCACCCACAACUGCAACAACUUCAGCCACGAGGUGGCGCAGUUCCUCGUCGGCACCGGCGCCGGCGUGCCCGACUACAUCCUCAACCUCCCCGCUGAGGUCAUGUCCAGCCCCAUGGGCCCGCUCAUCAUGCCCAUGAUCCAGAACCUCGAGUCCACGCUCCGGGCCAACACCGCGCCGCAGGCCACGCAGUUCGUGCCCACGCCCGCAUCCGUCUCUGCGCCCGCGCCCGCUCCCGCUGCGGCUCCUGCCAAGCGAGAAGCGCCGGCGCCAGCGCCGGCGGAGAAGGCUUCGAAGGAAGCUCCCUCUUCUGCUCCAGCGCCUGCUCCUGCCGCUGACCCGCUCGGGAGCGCUAGGGGGAAGGUGCAGGAGGAGGUGAUGAGGGAGUUCGCGGCCAUUAUGGCCAGUGGCACGCUGCGUGCCAGCGAGGCGGCGGCGCUGGCCAUGCGCCGGGUCAUGGAGCGCCACGGCGACGGCGCCACCAUGCAGCAAGGCUAGACGGCGCGUCGUGGACAGGCUGCGCCGGGCCUGCUGAACAUUGUGAGCGCGUUGGUUGCAGCUCCAUGGGAAUUUGUCAUCCGCAUGCUUCUGCUGCCGCCGUAUGGAAAUUGUUAUGUUCGUGCGAUUGUUUGGGUUGUUGAUUGCGACCGAACUUAUUACCCAUCGUUUAUAUGGGUGGUUAAUUUAGGGGAGAUGAUAAUUUACGUUGGCUACAUGUUUUUGUCCUGCUUCCAACCGCUUGACGGCUUGAGUGCUCAUGAUAACGCUGUGA